AGAGUAUAGUAACUAGCUCAUUUCGGAUCUAAAAGGAUCGCUAAGGGAGGAAACUUCUAUCAUACACACUACACGAGAAAAUCUAGACCUCCAAGACUGUCAGAAAUAUGUGUGGAAUUUUCGCGUAUCUGAAUUACCGCGUACCAAGGACAAGGCGGGAGAUAUUUGAGACGCUGGUGAACGGUCUUCAGCGGCUCGAGUACAGGGGAUAUGAUUCUGCAGGCAUUGCAGUUGAUGCCCCAGUUAAAGACACAAAGGAUGACGACAGCAACAUCUGCCUGAUUAAGAAGAGGGGGAAGGUAAAGGCCCUGGAUGAAGAACUCCACAAGAAAGACUCGUUGAGCCUGGAUGCUGAGCUGGACACUCACUUUGGCAUCGCCCAUACCCGCUGGGCCACUCACGGAGAGCCCAGCGCCGUGAACUCCCACCCUCACCGCUCUGACAAGAACAACGAAUUUGUUGUGAUCCACAAUGGGAUUAUUACCAACUACAAAGAACUACGGAAGUAUCUGAAUUCCAAAGGAUACGAGUUUGAGUCGGAGACAGACACUGAGGUCAUUCCCAAGCUGAUCAAGUACGUGUACGACAACCGGGAGAACGAUUACGUCUCCUUCUCCACCCUGGUGGAGAGGGUCAUCCAGCAGCUGGAGGGGGCCUUCGCACUCGUUUUCAAAAGCGUCCACUACCCGGGUGAAGCCGUGGCCACCAGAAGAGGGAGUCCUCUGCUGAUUGGUGUAAGAAGCAAAUAUGAGCUGUCCACAGAGCAAAUCCCCAUCCUGUACAACAACGGUCAGUACAACGACGGAGUGGAGGAGAAAAACUUCCGGAACAGAGUGGACAGCACCUCGGCCCUGCACUCCGUCAGUGCGGGAAAAGCCGUGGAGUACUACUUCGCCUCCGAUGCCAGCGCCAUCAUCGAGCACACCAACAAGGUGAUCUACCUGGAGGAUGAUGACAUCGCGGCAGUGGCGGAGGGCAAGCUGUCGCUCCACCGGGCCAGCCGCUGCGCCGGGGAGGACCCCGUCCGCGCCAUCCAGACCCUGCAGAUGGAGCUGCAGCAGAUCAUGAAAGGAAACUUCAAGGCCUUCAUGCAGAAGGAGAUCUUCGAGCAGCCGGAGUCGGUCUUCAACACCAUGAGGGGUCGGAUCUGCUUCGACACCAACACAGUGGUUCUGGGCGGGCUGAAGGACCAUCUGAAGGAGAUCAAACGAUGCCGACGCCUCAUUAUGAUUGGCUGUGGGACCAGCUAUCACGCGGCUGUGGCGACCAGGCAGAUCCUGGAGGAGCUGACGGAGCUGCCCGUCAUGGUGGAACUGGCCAGCGACUUCCUGGACCGCAUCACGCCCGUCUUCAGGGACGAUGUCUGCUUCUUCAUCAGCCAAUCCGGUGAGACGGCAGACACGCUGAUGGCGUUGAGGUACUGUAGGGACCGUGGUGCUCUGACUGUGGGCGUGACCAACACAGUGGGCAGCUCCAUCUCCCGGGAGACAGACUGCGGCGUCCACAUCAACGCCGGCCCUGAGAUUGGGGUGGCCAGCACCAAGGCCUACACCAGUCAGUUUGUGGCCCUCACCAUGUUCGGGCUGAUGAUGAGUGAGGACAGGAUCUCCCUGCAGAAGAGGAGGCUGGAGAUCAUCAACGGCCUCCGCACCCUGCCAGAGAUGAUUAAGAAGGUUCUGUCACUGGACGAGGUGAUCAAGGGCAUUGCGGACGAGCUCUACCAGCAGAGGUCCCUCCUGGUCAUGGGCCGUGGCUACAACUACGCCACCUGCCUGGAGGGGGCACUGAAGAUAAAAGAGAUUACCUACAUGCACUCUGAGGGGAUCCUGGCGGGGGAGUUGAAGCACGGCCCCCUGGCGCUGAUCGACAAGCACAUGCCCGUCAUCAUGGUGAUCAUGAGAGAUGCCUGCUACACCAAGUGCCAGAACGCCCUGCAGCAGGUCACCGCCAGACAGGGAAGGCCCAUAAUCCUCUGCAGCCAGGACGACGCGGAGGCCCUGGGGAACGCCCAUAAGACCAUCGAGCUGCCGGAGACGGUCGACUGUCUGCAGGGCAUCCUGAGCGUCAUCCCCCUACAGCUCAUGUCCUUCCACCUGGCCGUGCUGCGGGGAUUCGACGUGGACUGCCCCAGAAACCUUGCCAAAUCCGUGACUGUGGAGUAACUUCCGGAAGGAAAACUGCAAGCUGUUGAAGAGGAGAUACCAAGAGGCCUUUAUAUUUUAGUGCAAUCAUAUGCAUGUGUGUGUGAGUGAGAGAAAGAAAGAGAGAAAGAGAGAGAGAGAGGCCUAUGUUUGUAGCACAACACUCAGAAGACCAAUUUCCACACUACUGGCACAUCCAGCAGUUCAUUAUGUAGUAUUGUGGGAAACUCAUUCAUCGGGAGUAGGUGAAGAAAAGUGAACUAUGCAGUAUAAAAUCUCCACACUGUGCCUCCAACACAAGUCUGCUUCCAGCCCCAUGCUGAGCCAGAGACAGCCCAUCGCUCAUGUUUACUCCGUAUAUUCAAGUGAUUACUACUGUGCAAUAUUUACUACAGCGGGGACCGAAACGCUGCCAUUUUGUCAGGGCAAUGGGAGUUUAAAUUUUCCGGUAUGACAGCUCCCAGAUGCACCCGGCUCCUUAAAGCCAAAGAAAGACCCCAGGCUGCAUAAACACGGAACGGGAAUGCAGCUUUUGGGAACGCUUAAGGGGAACUUUGAAGGGAAAUAUUAGGGAAUAUGAAAGGGGAAUGUAUGGGAACCUUGGAAGGGUUGCGUUCUUUCCAUUUUAACAAAGCAAAAGUUUGUAACUACUAUAAAACGUAUGAGGAUUGGCGUCCACCAUUUUGUGCCCGAAGGUUAGACUUCUAUGCGACCUUUGACCUUGUGAAAAUUACUGCCAACACCAUGUGCUUUGGCCUGAUUGGUGCAUCCAGACACAGAGAAAGGACUGUCAGUAUAUGUCCCAAAAAUUUGUAUCUUUGAUGGAUUUUAAUAUCCUCCUCAGAUUGAAGUUUUUUUCACCUUUUAUUCAAAUGAGUACAGUAAGACAUACCUUCAAGUUCAAACAUAUUAUAUUGUUAUGUUUCAGAUUAUUUAUGACUUUUAUUUUUUAGGAAAAGAGGUGUAACUUAUUUUUCCAGCCUUGCUUGAAUCAAAAUUGUAUGAUGUGUUUUUUUUGCAUGUAGUAAUAUUUAUUUUCAUAAUCUUUGUUAAUAUUGCAUUCCAUCUUCUAAAAAUCAUGACAUUCUAUAGAUAUCCGGUUCACUUCCGAAUGAAAAUCAAAAUUGCCUUUACAAUAAUAAUUCUUAUAUCUUAUUCAGAUGUGAAUCCUUGUAGAUUGAUGAUGAUGAAUGUAAAACUAAUGUGAUCAAUGAAAACUGAAUGUGAUACACUUUGA